AUCCAAUGUGCGAAAGUUGAGACGUAAACAUAUUAUAUGUCUUUGAGAACAACUGUGUCAAUGCCGUGGUAACGAACGAUCGGUUUCGGAUCGAUGCGCCGCCAGUCACACCAAGAAAGGCAACUUUGACGCAGCGAACAAAAAAAAAUACAUUGGCCCAGCGGGUUGCUGAUCAGAAAACCGAUCAUGUCGGGUAAGAAAUCAAAGAGCAAGGCUACGACUGCCAGCUCUUCCAGUAGUCCAUCGACGACUCCCGACAAGAAGCCGCAGGGCAAACGUCACAUUGUGCGAAGCGGCAAUGCUGGCAAUAGCAGUAAAUCGACGACGACCGAUGAUGCACCUGCAACCGAAAAAAAAUCCAUCUUUGGUAAUUGGACAGGCAAAACGCCUGUAUCGCUUCUGCACGAACAUUGCCAGAAACAAGGAUGGGAAAAGCCCAUUUUUGACAUGAUGAAACGGAAAGAAGGUUUCAUUGGCGCUGUCAAACUUGGCAAACGCAACAAGAAGACGGGGGAGAUUCAGACAGUGACAUUGAGUCCACCCGAUCCUUAUCUGCCGACGUCCGUCGAAGCCCGUCAUCUUGCUGCAACCUAUUGUCUUCACCGUAUCAACUCUCACAUGCCCAUGCAUCGUGUUCUUCCUCCCGACCAUCGCGACUAUUGGCAGCAUUUUGAACAGUUCAAAACCAAAAAUAAUCAAUGGCAAUAUUCGCCCGAUCCGUUUACCGCUCGUCCUCCACCCGCUCAAACGAAACCCGCCGUGGAUAGACGACCUGUGAAAGAGCAUGCCAGUGCUGCGGUUCCUAUGCCCGAACAGCCGCAAAAAAGUAUGUCCCACACCAUGAAGGAAAUGUCAGAAACGAAGCGCAAACAGCCUCAUCCUGUCAUGAGCGAGAAAAUGGAACAAUAUUGGCGAAGUCUGCCCGCCGUUCACAUGACGCAAGAAAACAGAGAUUUUGUCGAAAGAGUGAUCAAACGAUCCAAUUUGGUGUAUCAAACCCCUACCGAACCUUUGUCCACUGAUACUCAACGAAAGAUUAUUGAUACCCUGGUACAUAUGGGUUUCCGAAGAUCCCAUGCUGAAGAAGCACUUGAAUAUUGCAGUGACACUUCAUCUGCAUUGGAUUGGUUAUGUUUGCAUGUACCUGAGGAUGAUCUACCACCUACCUUUAUGAAUGCCAAUUAUAAUCCAACCAUGACCACGGUGUCGCACACAACACAGUCCUUGGGACGCGACUGGCUUAUCAAACGAAUGACAGCAAUGGGAUAUCCCAUGGAUAUAUGUGAAGAAGCAAUGCAAGAAACGAAUGAUGAUGACGGUAAAGCGUUGGAAAUCUUGCAAUGGCGAUUGUUGCACGGAGAUGAACCGCUGCCUGUGCCUGAGACGAUGGACGGUGAUAACGAGGAGGAAUUAAAGACCUUGCGACAGGAUGAAGCGGUGGUGCUUGCCUCCAUUUACGAAAAGCGGUUCGAAACGGAAGAAAAAGGCAAUCGUGUGUAUUACCGAAUUCGCAUGACGGCACGGACAUCCAGCUCGACAAAACAACGUCAACCUCUGAUCCUUGAGAUCAUGGUCCAUGAACGUUCGCUGUAUCCAUAUACCCUUCCUAUCUUUACUGUCGAAUGCGAAGACUUGCCGUCCUACCUGAAACUAGCCAUCAUCAAGGGGCUGGUCGAAGAAGGCGAAAACAACCUCGGAUCGCCUUUGGUGUAUAUGUGCGCCGAGUGGUUGCAAGAUCACGUCGAUGAAAUCAUUGCCAAUCCUCCCAAACUUCGAGCCGUGACCAAAAAUAUGACCACUUUACAUCACCGUAAACCCAAAAGAAAAAUGCUGCGUACGUUAAAGAAAUCCGGUCCUCGAGCCAAAGCGCUUGAAGAUCCCAACGGCAACGUAUCUAAACAACUCAAGUCAAAUUUGGAGGCCAUGCAUACUUCCUCCGAAUAUGCGAUACUUGGUCAAGUACGGGCCAAGUUACCUGCGGACCAGUUCAAGAAGCAGAUUGUGCAAAUGGUGUUGCAGCACCAGGUUACCAUUGUCAGUGGUGAAACCGGUUGUGGUAAAACAACCCAAGUGCCUCAAUUUAUCAUGGAUGAAGAAAUCACUCGACUUCGAGGAGGUUUAUGCAACAUUAUCUGUACCCAGCCCAGAAAAAUUUCUGCCAUUGGCGUCGCAGAGCGAGUGGCUGCUGAACGAUGCGAAAAGGUCGGUUUAUCCGUAGGUUAUGCCGUUCGUGGUGAAACCAAGGUAUCUGCCGAGACCCGGCUGCAAUUCUGCACCACUGGUGUGUUACUUCGACGGUUGCAAAGCGAUCCGACUUUGACCGGUAUCAGUCAUGUCAUUAUUGAUGAAGUCCACGAACGCUCAGUCGACAGUGAUUUUCUCCUGAUCAUUUUACGUCAAGUGCUAGAGAAGCGAAAAGAUCUCAAAGUGAUUCUCAUGAGUGCUACCGUCAAUCAGGAAUUGUUCUCCAACUAUUUCCAUGGCGCACCUUUUCUAUCCAUUCCUGGCUUUACACACCCCGUGGAAGAUUUCUAUCUUGAGGAUAUUAUCAACAUGACAAAUUUCAUGUCCAAAAUGCCAACACCAAAGCAAAAGGAAGAAGAUGCGGUUUCCAAGGAUAGUCAAUGGGCAAAUUGGCAAUUGGAUUUGCUAAACGAAGGCUACGACGAGCGCACGGUGAAGAUAUUGACACGGUAUCGGAAUCAAGAAAAGAUUGAUUAUGAUCUGGUGGCACACACUGUGAAACAUAUCGUGGAUAAUGAGACUGCCAAGAUCGAUGGCAAUGCCGAACCGGCUGUGCUUAUUUUCAUGCCUGGUGCAAUGGAGAUUAAGCGGUGUAUUGAAGCUUUGGAAGCAACGUUACCAUCCUCGGGUUCGUAUGCCAUUUUGCCUUUACAUGCCAACCUUUCCCCUCAGGAACAAACACGCGUGUUCCAACAGGUACCGCCCUCUGUACGGAAAAUUGUGGUAGCCACCAACGUUGCGGAAACCUCCAUCACUAUUGAAGGUGUUGUGUAUGUCAUCGAUGCGGGACGGGUCAAAGAGACCCAAUUCGAGGCGGCCAGCAGUAUGAUGCAUCUUGUGGAGACGUGGGCUUCCCGAGCAUCUUGCAAACAGCGACGUGGUCGUGCCGGUCGUACACGACCUGGUAAAUGUUUCAAGCUGUUUACGAGGGAUCUGGAAGCCAAAAAAAUGCGGGCCCAACAAGUGCCUGAAAUUUUGCGCACACCUUUGGAACAACUGUGUCUGCAAGUCAAGUCCAUGGGAGAACACGAUGUGAAAUCCUUCCUUCGCAAAGCCAUCGAUCCCCCAUCCAUUCAAGCUCUUAACAGCGCUGUGCAUGCGCUACAGGUGGUUGAAGCAAUUGACCAGACCGAACGGGGUAAUCUCACACCUUUGGGGCAUCACAUGGCUUCGAUUCCUGCUGAUCUACGUAUCAGCAAGAUGUUGAUUUUUGGUUCCAUUUUCAAAUGUCUUGAACCCAUAUCUAUUGUUGCUGCCAUCAUGUCGCUCAAGAGCCCGUUCACGUCACCUAUUGAUCGUCGAGAUGAAGCCAACGAAGCGAAGCAACAGUUUUUGUAUGGCAAGAGCGAUUGGCUUACGAGCAUGACCGCCUUCAAGGCGUGGGAAACCACGAUUAAAUCCAAAGGCAUGCGGGAAGCACGAUUAUUCUGUGAAGAGAAUUUCUUGUCGUUCCCCACAAUGGUGGAAAUCCAGUCAUUAAAGCGUCAAUACCUGGAUGCGGUAGAGGAUAUUGGGUUCUACCAUCGCAAAAACAAGGAAGAAUACAAUGUGAAUGCUGGCAAUAGCAAUUUGUUGAAAAGUAUUAUUUUUGCCGGUCUUAACCCGAACUUGGCCAAGAUCCGCAUGCCCGAAACAAAGUAUGAUCGCGUACUCGCCGGUGCCGUUGAGCGUGAAAAAGAAGCUCGAGAAAUCAAAUUUUAUACCAAAGACGACGGUCGCGUCUUUCUGCAUCCAUCAUCAACACUGUUCAGCAGCAACAAUUUUGGCGCUUCAUUCCUGACGUAUUAUUCUCGCGUAUCCACUUCCAAAAUAUUUAUUCGAGAUGGAACCGAAGUACCAUCCUACGCUGUAUUAUUUUUUGGAGGUCGUGUGGAUGUCGAUCAUAUGGGUCGCGGUGUCGUCGUAGGUGACGAUGGAUGGAUCAAAUUCCGUGCAUGGGCACGUAUUGGUGUCCUCGUCAACCAACUGAAGCGAUUACUCUCUGCAGAAUUGGAACUGAAAAUACAAAAUCCCAAUGAAGAUGCUUCCAAGAGCGAGGUGACCCAAGCCAUUAUCGCCCUUAUCACCAAAGAUGGAAUAUAGAACGGUUCCUCUUGUACAGAAGAAAAUAAAAUAGACAUAAUAGACUCAGUGAUUUACAAAAG